AUGACCAAAUAUCAAAUUGAGCUAAUAGAAACCGAAGAAAUCCAAAUGAAAGUUAAAUAUGCCAAGCAAAGACUUUUUGAAAGAGCAAACAAACCUGGUCGUUUUUUAGCAAAUCAACUUAGACAACAAGAGAAAAUAAGGAAGAUUACUGGGGCUAAGGCAAAUGGAAUAAUUCAUAAUAAACAAGAAGAAAUUGAAAAAAUAUUUGUUGACUACUACAAGCAACUAUAUGCGAAGGACGAUUUGCAAGAAGACGGACUGACAACUUACUUAUCAGAUGCACAACUAUUUAAGUUACCAAAAGAAGAUCAAGAGAGUCUUAACCAGAAGAUAUCGACUCAAGAAAUUGUAGACGCUAUAAAUAAUCUGAAACCAGAUAAAGCACCAGGUCCGGACGGUAUUACCCCACAAUUUUACAAGUUGUUUGAACAACAACUGACUCCGGUUUUACUUUCUCUUUACAAUGAAGUAAUUGAAGAAGCUCCUGGAGAACCUAUAGCUUCGUGCUCAACAGGAAGAGCAGUCGUACUCUUGCAGAGGCUGCAACAGUUUGGCAUGAUCAUGUUGUACAUCCUGGAAGACCAGGUUUCCAGGAUAUGGAGCUUGGCCAAGGAUAUGGUUGCCAUCACGAAAGCCAAGGUGGAUUUCUCCAGUGUGCUGUGCCUGCCCCCUUCCGUCAUUGCUGGAAAUGGGCUGGACGGAGGAGGGGCUGGCGAGAACGAGGAUGAGGCGGUGCUGGUAUCUCUUUCGGCGGCACCAAGCCCUCAGAGUGAGGCUGUUGCCAAUGAGUUGCAGGAGCUCUCCUUGCAGCCCGAGCUGACCCUGGGCCUCCAUCCUGGCCAAAAUCCCAACCUUCCUCCCCUAAGUGAGAGGAAGAAUGUGCUACAGUUGAAGCUCCAGCAGCGACGGACGCGUGAGGAGCUGGUUAGCCAAGGGAUCAUGCCUCCUCUGAAAAGCCCAGCUGCAUUUCAUGAACAGAGGAGAAGUUUGGAACGGGCCAGGACAGAGGACUACCUGAAACGGAAGAUCCGGUCCCGGCCAGAGAGAUCAGAGUUGGUGAGAAUGCACAUCCUGGAAGAGACAUCUGCUGAACCUUCCCUGCAGGCCAAGCAGCUGAAGUUGAAGAGGGCCAGACUGGCUGACGAUCUCAAUGAGAAGAUUGCGCAGCGGCCAGGUCCCAUGGAGUUGGUGGAGAAGAACAUUCUGCCUGUGGAAUCUAGCCUGAAGGAAGCGAUCAUUGUGGGGCAAGUAAACUACCCGAAGGUAGCAGAUAAUUCCUCCUUCGAUGAGGACAGCAGUGAUGCCCUGUCCCCAGAGCAGCCAGCCAGCCAUGAAUCCCAGGGGUCUGUGCCAUCCCCAAUGGAAGCUCGGGUUAGCGAGUCGCUUCCCACCCCCACAGUGGUAUCCCCUGCUCAGGUUGUGUCUCAGUUGAAAACCAGUGCAGAUCCCUGUGAUGCACCUUUCCUGCUUGAGCAGCCACCAACUCCCCUGCCGCCGCUUCCGCCUCCGGUGCCUCCUAAUCUCACCAAUGGAGUUGCGACUCCUGCUGCCAAACCGCUCCCAGCCCUUAUUAAGCAAAGCCAGUCCAAGUCCUCCUGUGAGAAAUCCCAGCGUAGCAAGAAAUCCAAGGAACCGAAGCAGAAAGUCAAGAAGUUGAAAUACCAUCAGUAUAUCCCACCGGACCAAAAGCAAGACAAAGGAGCCCCUCCCAUGGAUUCCUCUUAUGCCAAAAUCUUGCAGCAACAGCAGCUCUUUCUGCAGCUCCAGAUUCUGAAUCAGCAGCAGCAGCAGCACUACAACUAUCAGACCAUCCUGCCAGCUCCACCAAAGCCUCCCGGAGAGCAGCAGAGCGGCAGUAAUGCCCCCCCGCCCGUGCGUAGUCUCUCUGCACCUGUCAGCAGCACCUCUUCUGUCUCUUCCAGUUCUAACGGGUUGAUGCGACAAAACAGCAGCGCUCCAGUAGGCAAACCAGGAACUCUCCCUGCUAAUCUGGACGACAUGAAGGUGGCAGAGUUGAAGCAAGAGUUGAAGCUGAGGGCGCUGCCUGUGUCGGGUACCAAGACAGAUCUCAUCGAGCGGCUUAAGGCGUAUCAGGAACAGAACGGUACAGCCGGCCGUGCAGCCGGUGCUGCAAAGCCCAACACCGCGAUUCUCCCCAAAGCUGCUGAAGUGGUGGUAGCUUUCCCGGCUGCUAGGCUGGGCACAGGGUCGGCUCUGGUCAGUGCGGGUAUCACUUCCGCAGAAGUGGUUGUGGCUGCAGUGCCCAGCAAUGGCGUGAUGAAAUUUGGCAGCACAGGCUCCACUCCUCCUGUGUCUCCCACUCCCUCUGAGCGCUCGCUGAUGAGUGCCGGGGAUGAGAACUCGACGAGCGGGGAUGCCUUUGGGGAGAUGGUGACCUCUCCUCUGACUCAGCUCACCCUGCAAGCAUCACCAGUGCAAUUCCUGGUGAAGGAAGAGAGCGCCAAAGCCACCAGCUGCAGUUCAAAUCCAGGUUCACGGGUGGAGCCUUGCAUCAGCCGCGGCAGAGACAUGGAGGCCCAGGACAAAGACCAGAUGCUGCAAGAGAAAGAUAAGCAGAUCGAGGAACUCACACGCAUGCUGAAGCAAAAGCAGCAGCUGGUAGAGAUGCUGAGGCUGCAGCUGGAGCAGGAAAAACGGUCUCAGCAGCACCCUCAUCCAGCCAUGGUGGUCGGAGAGGAAGGUGCAGCUCCAGCCCCUAAGCUGCCAGCUUUUGGCACCCACGUCAAGAAUGAAAACAGUUUUGCGAGUUGCCAAUCUAUGGGGCAGUCUAGCUUCCCAACCGACCAAGCAAAACCCACACAGACCACUAGCCAAAUGGACACCUCGGAUUCAAGCUCUGUGCCAAAGAAAGCAGUGAUGAUGAAGCAGGAGGUCCCGGCAGCUGCAACUGAGUCGUCAUGUCAGACCUCCCAUUUUUUCCUUGGCCAGCAUGGUGGUGGCUUCAGUGACCUCAUCAAAGGAGCCCCUCCCCCGACCCUCAUCACAGAUUCUACUGGCACUCACAUAGUGCUCACAGUGACCAAUCAGAAUCAGGAGAAGGUGGGGAGCGGUUCUUUCCCACAGAAGAGAGUCUCUCCACCUUCUCCGAAAGCAUCUGUCCAGCAAUCUGUAAGCAGCUCUCAACCUUCUGUGCAGCAGGUGCCAAGUGAGCCGGCCAAGAAAGGUCAGAAGCCAAGUCUGCCAGUGGUCACCGGGCAUUUUCCUCAGACAGUCUUGUCUUUCUCAACACCUCCCAACUUGCAGCCCUUCUACCUGAACGGCUUCCACAAAGGACCCCUGAAAGCCCACGUUAGCAGCAGAGCUGCCCAGCCCAGUGUGCCCAAAAAGCUUCUCUCGCAACCGGGCUCGCCAUCUCCUCCAUCUCCAUCCCAAAUGGAACUUGAACAGCAGAACUCAUCUUUCUUUGCUGCUUCUCCGCCGCUGCCUCUCCCUGCUUCCUCUGUGCUGAUGAAAGAACCACCGGGAUAUGAAGAGGCUGUGAAGCAGCAACCAAAGCCCCCUGAGGAGAAUGGCUGUUCAAGUCAACAGAUGGAUGACUUGUUUGACAUUUUAAUUGAACAUGGAGAGAUUUCCGCUCAAUUUAAGGAGCAGUCUUCCCCAUCAAGGAAAGACACGGCUGUUUCUCCGGGAUGCCCUUCUCCGUCCAACAGCCACCAUUCCUCAGAGCUCCCCCUGCAGGUGUCCCUGGGCCACACCAGUUCUGUUAACCCUUCCCCAGCAGGCAGGCUGGAAGACUUCUUGGAGAGCAGCACUGGCCUCCCCUUGCUGACAGCUGGCCCCGAUGGACCUGAGCCCCUGUCUCUAAUUGACCUCUACAGUGAGAUGCUAAGCAGUUCAGCUAUCCUGGAUCAUCCAUCUUCGCCUAUGGACACAUCAGAAUUGCACUUUGCCCCUGAGCCCACUGGGGGACCAAGUUUAGACUUGGCUGAGGCUAAUCUGGACAGCAUGGAUUGGUUGGAGCUGCCUGGAGGGCCAGUGAUGAGCCUCACCCCCCUCAGCACUGCAACUCCUAGCCUCUUUUCCACAGACUUCCUCGAUGGACAUGAUCUGCAGCUGCACUGGGAUUCUUGCUUAUAGCUCUCUUAAGCAUGCAGACUGAAGGGAGCGGUACGGGU